AUGAUGGUAAAUAGUGGGUAUAGUAUUGGGGCUAAUUGGGGUACACAGGCAUCUCAUCCCCUGCCUCCUUCAACUGUUGUGAAAUUACUAAAAGAUAAUGGAAUUCAAAAGGUGAAGCUGUUUGAUGCUGAAUCAAACGUUUUGAAUGCUCUGAGAGGGUCAGGGAUUGAGGUUAUGGUGGGCAUCCCAAAUGAUAUGUUGUACACUCUUUCUAAUAGUGUUGAUGCUGCUGAAAGAUGGGUGGAGAGGAAUGUUUCGGUACAUGUUUCAUCAAAUAGUGUCGACAUAAGGUAUGUUGCAGUAGGGAAUGAACCGUUCCUAUCGACUUACAACGGAACCUUCCUUUCCACAACUUUUCCAGCUCUUAAGAACAUUCAGGCAGCCCUGAUUAAAGCCGGCCUUGGCAAUCGAGUGAAAGUCACUGUCCCACUCAAUGCUGAUGUAUACCAGAGUUUGACCGAGCAACCUUCAACUGGCGAUUUCCGGCCUGAUAUUCAUGACCUCAUGAUCGAGAUUACUAAUUUCUUGAGUCUUAAUGCAGCUCCGUUCACUGUCAAUAUUUACCCAUUCAUAAGUCUCUACAAUGAUGCCAACUUUCCAGUGGAUUAUGCCUUCUUUGAUGGAUACUCAUCGCCUAUCAAUGACAACGGGAGGAUAUACACCAAUGUGUUUGAUGCGAAUUAUGAUACCCUGAUAUGGGCUCUUCAGAAGAAUGGAUUCGAUAACUUGAGCAUAAUAGUCGGAGAAAUUGGUUGGCCAACGGAUGGCGACAGGAAUGCAAAUAACAGGUUAGCACAAAGGUUUAAUCAAGGUUUCAUGUCCCAUAUCUCGGGAAACAGGGGGACCCCAAUGAGACCAGGCCCCGUGGACGCCUACUUAUUUAGCCUAAUCGACGAGGACGCCAAAAGUAUCCAACCAGGUAACUUUGAACGACAUUGGGGAAUAUUCUACUUCGAUGGUACGCCAAAGUACAAUCUCAGCUUGGGUGGCAAAUCAGGAGGUGUGGUACCAGCAAGCAACAUUAGGUAUCUGCCCCGUCGUUGGUGCGUGCUCUCAUCCUCUGCAAAUCUUCAAGAUCCUCAACUAGAACCCAGUGUAAGUUAUGCUUGUUCUCAUGCUGAUUGUACGAGUCUCGGUUAUGGGACAUCUUGUCAAAAUUUGGAUGCUCGGCAAAACAUUUCGUACGCGUUUAACAGCUAUUACCAGGAAAACAACCAGCAGGACAGUGCCUGCAGAUUUCCGAACCUUUCGGAGAUCACAAACAAUGAUCCAUCGGUUGGAGAGUGUAGAUUCAAAAUCAUGAUCCAAACCACAAAUUCCAGGAAUGGAGGGUUCUUUCUAGAGCCAGUUAAUAUGUUGCUUCAAGUGCUUAUGUUCAUAUUGUUACUCCUGUUGUGA